UAUUUAAGACAAAGAUGAUUAUUAUUUUAUUAUAUCAACAUUUCAACAGGUGCAACAUCGACUUGUCCUUCAUUAUCAGUAAUAAUAACAAAAAAAUUACAAAAGCGGAAAUUUGCACAACUGUCAUUGGUACGUCAGUAUCGAGAGUUGUCUAUAACAUUGAUGGACACGUGGGAGGUGUAGACGUUGGCUUCAAUGAGUAUCAAGACAUAUUGUUCAGCGCCAUUUUUAAAACAGGUAUGGGUUGCGUUCGGUAUUCUGAUGUUGACUGCCGGUCAAGGAAUGGUGAUGGGGUUCACAACCAUACUGCUGCCAGCACUGCAGCAGCCUACGUCCGUUAUCCAAGUUGACAUACAUAGAGCAUCACAUCUAGUAUCCUGCAUAGCAUUGUCUUCUAUUAUUGGACUGCUUCUAUCAUCCACUUUAAUGGACUGGUGCGGCCGAAAAAUGACUUACUUAUUAAUAAUUUUACCAGGAAUAGUUGGAUGGUUGUUCAUUUAUUUCGCUGAAAGCUUUCCAGUGCUCCUCAUUGGCCGUAUCCUAUGCGGUAUUACUCCUGGAAAUUUAUCGCUAACAUCAUUCAUAAUAGGCGAAUAUACAAGUCCGAAAUAUCGAGGUAUUUUUCUGAUUCUAAAAACUGCUUCAGUAUAUAUUGGGAUUACAAUCAUUCAUAUUUCAGGAAGUACCUUAGAUUGGAGAUUAUUAGCAGCGUUAACAUUAAUAUUCUAUGUAGUGCCGUUUGGAAUGGCUUGUUUUUGGCCAGAGAGUCCUGCUUGGUUAGCGUCCAGACAGGAAUUCAAGAAAUGCGAAGAAGCCUUCAUUUGGUUAAGAGGGACUGAUGAGAAGUCAAUGGCAGAACUCCAAGAGAUGAUCAAGCUACAUAAAGAGCAAUACAUACUAAACAGAGAACGUUUAAGAAGCAGAACAAAAAACAAAGUGCGUUUACAAAAAUUUACAAAAGGAGACUUUAUAAAACCUAGUGUAGUUAUGUUGUUUGCUUUUUUAUUACUAGAAACAAGCGGCAAACAUUAUUUUCCAGCGUACGCUUUACAGUUUAUUGGGGAAAUAACGGAAAAUGUACCUUAUACGUACUAUUAUACGUUAUGUAUUGAUUUGGUGAUUGUAGGAAGUUGUAUACUUUCAUGUGUUUUAGUGAGAGUGUUUGAUAGACGUAGCCUGUUAUUAACUACAGGGUUAGCGGCUGUUGUUAUAUUAAUUUUAGCAAGUGCUCAUAUUUUCUUAACAUUCAAUGGUACAUUAACUAAUAGAGCAUGGGUUUCUAUAUCAUUAUUAUUUUCAUAUUUCGCAUUAGCAAAUUUAGGUUGUACUACAUUACCUCUUGUUUUUAUGGGGGAAAUAUUUCCUACUUCACACAGAGCCGCAGGUUCUGUAAUAGUUUGUUUUACAAUGUCCGUAAUAUUUUGGGGUAUUAUGAAAGUGACACCACAUUUAUUUUUGAAUAUAAAAGUUUAUGGUACGUUAGCAGUUUUUGGUGCGUUGAUCACUACGUGCCUGUUAAUACUGUAUUUCAUAUUACCAGAGACAAAAGACAGAACGCUGGAAGAGAUUGAAUAUUAUUUCAAUAAUGGAUGUUUUAGAAAUGAAGAGAAUGUGAUUGAUGAUGUAAACAUAAAAAUGAUUAACAGUAACUAUUAGUUGUAUAGGAUGGGACUCGAGCUUAUUGGCAGUUAUUUUAAAAAAGCGAUUUUGUAGAAAUAUGUUCCUAAUAUUGUAAUAAUUUUACAUAAUUAAUAAAGUCGAUUUCGCUGUCUGUUAGCUUAGAUCUUUUAAAUUAGGCAUCGGAUUUUAAUGCAGUAGCAAUAGAUAAUUCAAGAGGAAGGUUUAUAUGUAUAAUACAUGUACACCCGUGGCGAGUAGCUAGUUAAUGUAUAAAUCAAGGAACAUU